UCAGCCAUUUAUAAAUUCAUAUAUUGGUAUAUCUAAUUCAAUUACUCCAUAUAAACCGGUGGAGACAAUAACUCCCCUGAAGGUUUUCCUACAUGUAUAUAUAUAGAGAUGAUCUUCACUUACUUUUCAAGUCUAUCUGCUCAUUUCCUCAUAGGUUCAAAGAGAGAGAGUUUAAACUUUCCCUAACAGCAUAAAUCACUCUGUGGAAACAAAGACUGAGGCUAAUGGUUUCUCGACAAGAAGGAACCCUCUACUCUAGAAAGAGGGACUUCACAAUCUAUGGAGAAGAGUUCCACAAUUCAUUCAAGAAGAGCAAACAAGACGAUCAAUCACAGGGCAAACUUCAGAGCACUCUGUUCAAUGAACGACCAAACUCAGAGAGUAUGAGAUCAAUUACCUUUGAUUUUGAACUCCAUCUCCACACUCCACUACCUUCAGAUUGGCAGCAAUCCAUAGAGGCUAAGGGAUACUCAAGAACAUCUGAGGAUCAUAGGACAUACCCCAAAGAUCCUGUGAUUGCAGGACGACCUAAGAUGAGCCUAGACCUUGAGCUAAACCUUUCACCUUCUUAUUCACCUUCAAGAACAACCACAAAGAUAAACGAAUCCUCAAAUCACAACGAAACCGUGUCAUCAAAGGCUAUAAACUUGACAAGUCCAAGUAAGAAAAGCACAAUUGGGAACCGAUCACUAUCCUGGCUUUCCUUUGAAGGUGAUGACGAUGAUGAUGCUGAUCACAAGGAGCAAGAGAUGGUGACUAAAGUGUGCAUGAAAUGCCACAUGCUGGUCAUGCUGUGCACAUCAACUCCCGUUUGUCCCAACUGCAAGUUCAUGCACCCACAUGAUCAUAGCUCUACAAAACUGUUUAAACCAUCAAAUUUACUUAGGCUCCUGUGCUAGGGUGUCUUCAAGGUUACUGAGUCUAUGAUGUUUGUACGGAAUAAUAUGAGGCAGAGACUAGAUAAGGACAACGUUAUUAUGUAUAUACACUACAAGUACCAAAAAGUUUGAUUUGUAUGCUUCUAUGAACGAUAUUCCAUUUCUUUGGUUGGUUAAUUUUUAGAUCUCUCAAACCUAUCCGUAUUUGCAUUGAAUUAUACUUUGACAUAACACGUUCACGG